CCUCCUCCCUCCGUGGUUGCCCGCCCUUCCCGGCGGCGGCAGCAGGGUGCCGCCGGGCGGGCGGGGUGUCUCCCAGGCGGCCUUGCCCGGAUGUGCUACCCUGACUCAUAGUCGCGCCGCACGCAGGCUCCGCGCCGCUGCCGCGCCCGCCCGCCCGCCCUGCUCCGCGCACACGCCUCCCGCGCCUCCCUCCGCGCUAGCGGAGAGGUCGGCGGCAGCAGCAGCAGCAGCAGGAGGGGAAGGAGGCGGAGGAGGCCGCGGCGGCACCAUGGCAGAUAAUCUAAGUGACGCCCUAAAAAAGCUGAAGAUAACAACCACUGACAGCACAGCAGAUAGCUUGGAGGGAUGCUUGGACUGUCUGCUUCAAGCUCUGGCACAAAACAAUACGGAGACAAGUGAAAAAAUCCAGAAAAGUGGAGUUCUUCAGGUGUUUGCGAGUCUGUUGAUGCCACAGUCUUCCUGCACAGCAAAAGUAGCUAACGUCAUAGCAGAAGUAGCCAGAAAUGAAUUUAUGCGGAACCCAUGUGUGGAUGCUGGGUUGAUCCCUCCUUUGGUGCAGCUGUUAAACUGCAAAGACCAGGAAGUAUUGCUUCAAACAGGACGUGCCCUGGGCAAUAUAUGCUACGAUAGCCAUGAGGGCAGGAACGCAGUUGACCAUGCAGGUGGUGCACAUAUUGUAGUAGACCAUAUAAGGUCACUGUGCAGUAAAACAGAUCCAGCCAGUGAGAAGCUCUUGACUGUCUUUUGUGGCAUGCUGAUGAACUAUAGCAAUGAGAAUGGUAAACAACACCAAAAAUUUGCUUUAUGUCUACCAGGAGAACAACCCCAUCAAAAAAAAAAAGAAAAAAGAAAACAGUUAAACUCAACCAUCUUACUCUUUGGAGUUUCCAUGUGUGUCACCGAAGGACAUGGAGCCAUUGCAAUUCAAGUUUUAGAUACCCUGCAGUCACAGCUUAUCAAUAUGGGUGUUAUUCCUACAUUAGUGAAAUUGUUGGGCAUUCAUUGCCAAAAUGCAGCUCUGACAGAGAUGUGCCUUGUUGCAUUUGGCAAUUUAGCAGAACUUGAGUCAAGUAAAGAGCAGUUUGCCUACACAAACAUUGCUGAAGAGCUUGUGAAACUGUUCAAGAAGCAAAUAGAGCACGAUAAAAAAGAGAUGAUUUUUGAAGUUUUGGCUCCCCUGGCAGAAAAUGAUGUCAUUAAACUGCAGCUGGUUGAAGCAGGCUUGGUGGAGUGCUUACUUGAGAUUGUCCAGAAGACUGUGGACAGUGACAAAGAGGAUGAUGUUGCAGAGCUUAAAACAGCUUCUGAUCUUAUGGUUUUAUUAUUGCUUGGAGAUGAAUCCAUGCAAAAGUUAUUUGAAGGAGGAAAAGGCAGUGUGUUCCAAAGAGUACUUUCAUGGAUUCCUUCCAAUAGCCAUCAGCUACAGCUUGCAGGAGCAUUGGCUAUUGCAAAUUUUGCCAGAAAUGACGGAAACUGCAUCCAUAUGGUGGAUAAUGGCAUAGUUCAAAAGCUGAUGGAUCUGCUAGACAGACAUGUGGAGGAUGGAAAUGUAACUGUGCAGCACGCUGCACUGAGUGCUCUAAGAAACCUGGCUAUUCCUGUUGUAAAUAAGGCUAAGAUGCUGUCAGCUGGUGUUGCAGAAGCUGUAUUGAAAUUUCUCAGAUCGGAGAUGCCCCCUGUUCAAUUCAAGCUACUGGGAACAUUAAGAAUGCUAAUAGAUGCACAAGCAGAAGCAGCUGAACAGCUGGGCAAAAAUGUAAAACUGGUGGAACGAUUGGUGGAGUGGUGUGAAGCCAAGGAUCACGCAGGUGUGAUGGGAGAGUCCAACAGACUACUGUCUGCGCUUAUACGACACAGCAAAUCAAAAGAGGUUAUUAGGACCAUUGUACAGAGUGGUGGCAUCAAGCAUUUAGUAACCAUGGCAACCAGUGAACACGUAAUAAUGCAAAACGAAGCUCUCGUUGCGCUGGCACUAAUAGCAGCUUUAGAGUUGGUCACUGCUGAAAAGGAUCUUGAAAAUGCUCAGCUUGUUCAGAUUCUACACAGACUGCUCUCAGAUGACAGGAGUGCUCCAGAAAUAAAAUACAACUCUAUGGUGCUGAUCUGUGCCCUUAUAGGAUCUGAGCCUCUUCAAAAGGAAGUGCAGAGCAUGGCCUUUCUAGAAGUCGUAUCAAAACUCCGCAGCCAUGAGAACAAAACUGUUGCUCAACAGGCCUCGCUAACAGAGCAGAGACUUGCCGUAGAAAGCUGAGGAAGGUCUUGUUUCCCAUGCAUCCCAUCACAGAUUUCACCUUUGUCCUGCGUCCUGCUGCUGCUCCUGCUAUGUUUUCCACUGUAUCACUCGUGCAUGCGUGUAAUGUUCCCACACAAAUUGAUGAACUGCUGUAGGUACCCGUCCAAAAAGGUUUCUACAAAUUCAUAGGUGGUGUUAACAUGAACCUGUCUCCACCUGUAACUGUUCUACUUGUAUUCUUGUUGCUUGGGCCACAUAGUAGAAUGUGCAUGUUGUAGUCCUAUGAUGAUGUAGAAGUGGUACUACACAAUGACUCUUUCCUCACGCCCCCAAACUGCAUAACAAUGUACUACUAAAUUAGGGACAAAACAAGAUGCAGCAAGUCCAGGCUAGUGUGCUGACUAUAGGAUUAAGAAGUAAAUCUAGCUCCAUUUUUGGUGCUUUGGAGAUUCAGGUUUGAAUGCGAUGUACUGCUGCUCAUUCACUGGUCUUGCCUAUUAAUGUCAAACUCGUGGUACCUAGAGGUAACAAAUAAAAAUUUCAGUGCUCUCACUUUA